GAUUAACACCAUAAUGGACUACCACCUCAAAGAACAUUACGAUGUUAAGUCCCCUAUCGACAUGGCCUGUUGGGAUAUACUGGGCAAGCACAGCAAGCUGCCCCUCUGUACGCUGCUUGGCGGACGCUACGGAGAGUCGGUGAAACUACAUUACCACGUGGGACAGAAUACCCCGGAAAAAACCAGGGAAAUUGUUACAAGGUUUAAAAACGAAGGGUUCGAGUGUUUCCAGCUUAAAGUCGGCAGUAAUCCCACACAAGACAUUCAGAGGGUGCGCGAAAUCCGCAAAAUGCUGGAUCCCUCAAACAUACUCAUGGUGGACCCAAACACCGCCUGGCUUCCCCAUCAGGCCAUACGCUUUGCCAACGCCGUCCAGGAUCUAGACGUGUACUUGGAGCAGCCGUGUGCCAGCUACGAGGAGAACCUGCACGUGCGCAGAUACACCAACCUGCCGUUUAUCCUGGACGAAAGCACGGUCGACGUGGUCCGUCUGAUGCAAGGAGGAUUGGGUCAAGUGGCCCAGGGGGUGGUGCUGAAGAUGGGCAGGCUAGGGGGUGUGACCAAAACUAAACAAGCAAGGGACCUGUGUGUCAACCUUGGCAUCGCUGCCAGAAUUGAAGACCCCUGGGGAGGUGAAAUCGCUUCUGCAGCCAUUGCCCACCUGGCCCACAGCACCCCGGAAAAAUACCGCAUACCGUCUAUAGAUCUCAAUAACUACAACUCUGUUAAGAUUGCUGAAGGCGGACCAGUGAGAGUGAAUGGAACAAUAGCCGCCAAUAAAGGUCCCGGAUUGGGAAUUACCCCCUGCAUGGAUGUCCUCGGUGAUCCUGUUCUCACAAUGUAGUGCGUGUACAUGUGCACGAUAUCUUCAAAAUGACCCUUUUUCUCCCUGAAGUUGUUCUUUAAUUUUAAUAUUUGAAGGCGCCACAAAGUAUCACAAUACCAAAAAAGACUUCAUCUUUGAUUAAAAACACCAUAACCAGCGCGUGAGAUUUGCGAAGUAUAAAGUGUGUGCAACCCUACAUUAACUCUGCCGCCAUACCUUAUACCAUCUAAUAAAAUUGAAAAAAAAAUAUUUAAAAAAAUUUGAUUUUUUGAACGAUGCUCAAUAAUCUGAUCAUCCACUAGUAGGCAACCAACAGCAGAUACUGACAGAUUGAAAUUGAGCACCUGCGUUCUACACACAAUAUGAAUCGUCACUAGAUUUGUUAAUAAUCAUUAGGUUUCCUGUCGAAAUCUCAAAAUAUAGAUAUACAUUAAGUAUCAACGUCCCUUAACUGAAUUGUGCAUAUACUCCAAUGAAAGGGAGUCAUCAUUUAUUAUGCGUUGACGAACCAAGGUUUGAAUGUGCCAGGCUCACUGGGUGGAAACUGAAAAAGGAAUACUUAUCAUUACAAUGUACUGUUACUUUUAUUAAAUUUUAAGUUAAAUAACUUAACAGACGACUAGGACAGAACUCAAACACUGCAAUUACAUGUAUCUGUGUCUGAACAUUACGACUACGACUUCUACUGGGUACUACAGCCAGCGAAUCGAGGGGUGAGUGAGAAAUAUGCUGAGAAAUAUCAUUGGAUUUACUAGCUCGAAAUAAAAUGUAUUGUUUAUUGUGUAAUUUCAUACGAUGUAAGAACGCGUCAUAAGUU